CUCCCAGUCAGGAGCCGGCUCCCGUCGUUCACUUCAAAGAGUCGGUUCUUAGAGCCGGAUCGUUCGCGAACGACACAUCACUACUGUCUACGUUUACCUACCGACAGUUCAAGCAGUUCGUACCACACUGUCGUCUCUUACUUAGUCUGUUUGUUCUGCCUCUUUUGAUUAUUGCAUAUUUAAUGAUAUUGUAUUAGUGUUAAACGCUUGAUAUAACCUGAUGUGAGUUAUAAUUUUAAAUGCUGGUUAAAAAGGCAGCAUGUCAUUUCUUAGCCAAGCUGUAACAACGUGGCGCAAAGGUAACUUAGGCGGCGAUAUCUCUGACAGAAAGCUGUUCAUGAACAUCUGCACUAAUUAAUGUAAAACAUUACUAAAGAUAGUCCCUUUUAGUUCUGCCUUUAUCAGCAUGUCUUCCUUGGAGUGGGCUGAGUGUCAGCUUGCAGAGAUGGAGCUGCUGACGAGUAUGUUUCCCACCCAAGAGGAGCUCGAGAUCACAGACCAGCUGGCACUGGCUGAGCUCAGGGACUAUGUGGAGGGCUCAGGCUCUGCAGACAGCCCUCCUGCUUCCAGACCGCAGUUUCUCAUCAAACAGAAGCUGGACACUGCAAGCAUGGAGAGGACAGAUGUUAUUCUAUCUUGUGCUUAUCCAUCCGAAUAUCCCAGUGUAUUACCAGAGAUCACAGUCAGGUGUUCUGAUCUCAGCAGAGCCCAACAGACACAACUCCAUGCGGAUCUCAACACAUACCUCUUGGAGAACUGCCACGGGGAAGUGUGUGUGCUCUCAGCUGUGGACUGGGUGAAAGACAACCUGCAGCUCUUCAUUAACAAGAGCUUAGCUGCAACACCUACUUCCAAAAAAGAGGCCGCCUCUCCACAGUCAGAGGAAGUGUUCAGUCGACUGUGGAUUUACAGUCACCACAUCUACAACAAGACCAAGAGAAAGAACAUCCUGGAGUGGUCCAAGGAGCUGGGUCUUUCAGGAUUCAGCAUGCCUGGGAAGCCUGGCAUUGUGUGUGUGGAAGGUCCUCAAUCUGCCUGUGAGGAGUUCUGGUCCAGAGUGAAGGUUCUGACAUGGAAGAAGAUCAUGAUUCGACAUAGAGAGGACAUUCCCCUUGAUCGUUCGGGCGAGGACAGCAGGACUGUUGAAAAUAUAGACUCCCUGCGCAAAUUCACAGGCUUUGAAGAGGCAAUGUUUGACCCCCAUGGGAACAGAGGUAAUCACAUGGACCUCGGACAGCUGUACCAGUUUUUAAAUGAGAAAGGCUGUUGUGAUGUCUUUCAGAUGUACUUUGGAAUUGAAGGGAGGUAGUUGACUGAACAAAUGAAUGAUUACACAAAGGUAUAUCACUUUGUGGCCUGUCACUGAAAAAGAGUUUUUUAAUCUAAGCUUCAACGUAGAUUGAAAAUCAUUCAUUACAGCUUAAGAGGAGUUUUGUGUUUCACAUGAGAGAACAUAAAACGCUGAUGAGCAUAUAGUCGUCUGUGCUUGAUAAAUAAAUUACCUCUUUAUUGAUGCUGCUCAGGGACUUAAUUUGGAUAAAAGGCAGAAAGAACACGUCUUCAAUGUGAAAAACAGAGAUCUCUUUUUAGCUAACAGGCAUAAUUUCUAAAAGAUGCAUUUAAAGAUGUUUUUCUCUCUGCGUUUCUCAAGGACUGUAGUUAUAUUUGCAAUUUUAAUACCCCUGCACUCACAGCAGAUCACACCUCGCUUUAAGGUGUUUCUUUCCUCAAAUGACACUACGUGAAUCUCUGCCAGGCUAUUAAAGGAUUUUCAGAUUUAAUACCAUAUUAAUAAUUACACACCAUAGUCAACAAUAAGAUGGAUAUUUGUUUAUGAAAUCUGUUGAUUUUUACUCUUUUGCAUUCUAAAUAACCACAGAAAGUUCAAAGUUUCAAUCCUCCUGUGAUUAGUUGUUGGAUAACUUGUGCGUAAUUAUGGAUUACACUCGGGCAAUUAAAAUGCUGCUUAUAUUAAAUCUUCUUUCCUUUAAGACUGAGGUGGAAAAUAAAAUGAAAAUUGGAAAGGU